CUACUUGAGACAGCGCGACAAUCAGGCUGCCUUUCAACUGCUCAUCCAAUUGAUCCUAUGCUUGAAAGUAGACUCAAUACAGUAGUCAACGUGAGUCAUCGUCGUGACCACAUAUAUAAGUAAGUAAGUAAGAUGGAAUGAUAGAUCUCAUUAUUAUUACUCUUUGAUCGAAGCAAUAAUGCCUUCCUCCUCUGAUCAUCCAUGGAUAUACGACGUGUUCAUCAAUUUCAGAGGAAAAGAUACUCGCAACGAUUUCGUUUCUCAUCUCAAUGCUGCACUCCAAAACCGUGGAAUCAAGACUUUUCUUGAUGAUGAGAAACUUGGAAAGGGAGAAAAGCUGGGACCACAACUAGAGAAAGCAAUUGAAGGGUCUCUGAUAUCUAUUGUUGUUCUCUCACCGGACUAUGCAGAAUCUAGCUGGUGUCUUAACGAACUUGUACAUAUCUUGAAAUGCCAAAAAACUUAUGGCCAGGUGGUCAUGCCAGUAUUUUAUCAUGUUGACCCAUCAGUUGUCCGUAAGCAGACGGGUGAUUUUGGAAAAGCCUUGGAACUCACUGCUACAAAAAAAGAAGAUAAAUUGUUGUCCAACUGGAAAACCGCACUCAAACAAGUUGCAACUAUAGCUGGCUGGGAUUGCUACAAUAUCAGGAAUAAAGGGGAACUAGCGAAGCAAAUUGUUGAGGCCAUUUUGAAAAUACUAGAUAUCUCAUUGUUGUCUAUUACUAAAUAUCCGAUUGGAUUGGAAUCCCGUGUGCAAAAAAUUACCAAGUUUAUUGAUAAUCAAUCAAACAAAGUCUGCAUGAUAGGGAUAUGGGGAAUGGGUGGAUCCGGGAAAACAACCACAGCCAAAGCUAUCUACAAUAAAAUCCAUCGUAGGUUUGAAGGUAGAACAAGUUUCUUUGAAAGUAUUCGAGAAGUUUGUGAUAAUAAUUCUAGAGGGGUUAUUCAUUUACAACAACAACUUCUUUUAGAUCUCCUGCAAAUAAAACAAGAGAUUCAUAGCAUUGCAUUGGGGAUGACUAAGAUAGAGAAAAGACUUCGAGGACAAAAGGCUUUCAUCGUACUCGAUGAUGUGACCACACCCGAGCAAUUAAAAGCCCUGUGUGCAGAUCCUAAGUUGUUCGGUUCGGGAAGUGUAUUGAUUAUUACAACUAGAGAUGCACGCCUUCUCAACUCACUUAGUGACGACCAUAUCUUCACAAUGACGGAAAUGGACAAAUACCAGUCCCUUGAACUUUUCUGUUGGCAUGCUUUUCAACAACCAAAUCCUAGAGAAGGUUUUUGUGAACUCACUAAAAAAGUGGUUGCUUAUUGCGGAGGAUUACCAUUGGCUCUUGAAGUCCUUGGAAGUUACUUAUCAAUGAGGAAAAAACUAGAAUGGAAAAGUGCACUAUCAAAAUUAGAGAAAAUUCCCAACAAUCAAGUGCAACAGAAACUGAGAAUCAGCUACGACGGCUUAGAAGAUUAUACUGAAAAGGAUAUAUUUCUUGACAUAUGUUGUUUCUUCAUUGGAAAGAACAGAGCUGAUGUUACAGAGAUACUUAAUGGCUGUGGGCUUCAUGCUGAUAUUGGAAUAGUUGUCCUCAUUGAGCGCAGCCUCAUAAAAGUUGAUAAAAAUAACAAGCUUCAAAUGCAUGAUUUGCUCAGAGACAUGGGAAGAGCAAUUGUUGGCGAAAUUUCAGUCAAAGAGCCUGCAAAGCAUAGCCGAUUGUGGUUUCAUGAUGAUGUGCUGGAUGUUUUGUCAAAAAAAACCGGAACAGAUACUAUUGAGGGAAUGAUUUUGAAGUGCCAAAGAACAGGCAGGAUUAUAUUUGGUACUAAUUCUUUCCAGGAGAUGCAAAAGCUGAGGCUUUUAAAACUUGAUGGUGUUCACCUUAUGGGAGAUUAUGGGUUAAUUUCCAAACAACUAAGAUGGGUUGAUUGGCAACGAUCUACCUUCAAAUUUAUACCGAAUGACUUUGAUCUGGAAAAUCUAGUUGUUUUUGAAUUAAAACAUGGCAAUGUUAGACAAGUUUGGCAGGAGACCAAGCUGUUAGACAAGCUGAAAAUUCUCAAUCUCAGUCAUUCUAAGUACUUGAAAAGCACUCCUGACUUUGCAAAAUUACCAAAUCUAGAAAAGCUAAUUAUGAAGGAUUGUCAAAGUUUGUCCGAGGUGCACACGUCCAUUGGAGAUCUCAAGAAUCUUCUUUUGAUAAAUUUUAAGGACUGUACAAGUCUUGGCAAUCUCCCAAAAGAGGUCUAUAAAGUGAGAUCAGUGAAAAGUCUCAUUCUUUCUGGUUGUUCAAUGAUUGACAAAUUGGAAGAAGAUAUAUUGCAAAUGGAAUCCUUGACAACUUUAAUUGCAGCAAAUACUGGUAUCAAACAAGUGCCCUAUUCAAUAGCAAGAUCAAAAAGCAUUGCAUAUAUAUCUCUAUGUGGAUAUGAAGGAUUAUCAUGUGACGUUUUUCCUUCUCUCAUUUGGUCUUGGAUGUCACCAACCAUAAAUUCCCUAUCCCUUAUUCAUCCGUUUGCAGGCAAUUCAUUGUCUCUAGUUUCUUUGGAUGUAGAGAGUAAUAAUAUGGACUAUCAAUCACCGAUGCUUACCGUCCUUUCAAAGCUUCGAUGUGUUUGGGUUCAAUGUCACUCAGAGAAUCAACUUACUCAAGAAUUAAGAAGAUUUAUUGAUGAUCUAUAUGAUGUGAAUUUUACUGAGUUGGAAACAACAUCAUAUGGACACCAAAUCACAAAUAUUUCCUUGAAAUCAAUUGGGAUUGGAAUGGGAAGUUCCCAAAUAGUCUUGGAUACUCUUGACAAGAGCUUAGCACAGGGAUUGGCAACCAAUUCUAGCGAUUCUUUCCUUCCAGGUGACAAUUAUCCUUCAUGGUUAGCCUAUAAAUGCGAAGGACCUUCGGUACUUUUCCAAGUGCCCGAGAAUAGUAGUUCUUGCAUGAAGGGAGUAACGUUGUGUGUUGUUUAUUCAUCAACACCUCAAAAUCUGAUAAGUGAAUGUCUCACUAGUGUCUUAAUCAUUAAUUACACAAAACUCACUAUCCAGAUUUACAAGCGUGACACAAUAAUGUCCUUUAAUGAUGAAGAUUGGGAAGGUGUUGCCUCAAAUUUUGGUGUUGGUGACAAUGUGGAGGUUUUUGUAGCUAUUGGGCAUGGAUUAACUGUUAAGGAGACAGCUGUCUAUUUAGUAUAUGACCAGUCAAAUGCUAUGGAAAUUGUGCCAUCAAACAUUAUGGAAAUUGAGCCAUUACAUGAAGUGGAAAUGCAACCAUCACCUAAUGUGAAAACGGAGCCAUCAGCUGAAGAGGACGUGCAGCCAUCACUUGAUGUGAAAACGGAACCAUUACUUGUUGUCAAGAAUGAACCAAUACCGAAGACAAAUAGAAAAAUCUUCACAAGACUUGCAAAGAGACUGGGAGAAUGUUUAUGCUUGAUCCAGAAUUGAGAUCUUUGCAAAUUUUGAUUGGGCACACCGGUUGUCCUAACAUGGAAUUUCCUUGUAUGUGUUUUGUAAUAUUUUUCAGGGAGGGAGGAUUGACAAUGCUUGGGUAUUAAUGUGAUGGAAAAAAAUGCUUAAGAUUAUGAAAGAACCAGGCAAGAAUUGCAAGAAUGAAUCGUGGCAAGCUUUUAUUGACUAUUGCAUCCAUGAUUUCCGCUACCCACGUACUGAACAAUGGCUUUAUGAAAAGUUGACACGUACCUAUUCUUGCAUUUCAUUGGAAAUUCUAUCGUAACAUUUAGCAUAGCUCUAAUGUGAUUGACUGCAGGAUCUUGAUUUUCUUCUUUAUAUAGAGGUGGGUGUUUGCAGAGCCGUUGUAAGGCACACGUGUGCCCGACGGUUACAAAAUCAUGGGAAGUGUAAACGUCGGGGAGAGAAAAGAGACGUUACAAGUUCGUUUGAACUGGUCUUUGUUACAUUAGAGACUGGGAGAAUGUUUAUGCUUGAUCCAGAAUUGAGAUCUUUGCAAAUUUUGAUUGGGCACACCGGUUGUCCUAACAUGGAAUUUCCUUGUAUGUGUUUUGUAAUAUUUUUCAGGGAGGGAGGAUUGACAAUGCUUGGGUAUUAAUGUGAUGGAAAAAAAUGCUUAAGAUUAUGAAAGAACCAGGCAAGAAUUGCAAGAAUGAAUCGUGGCAAGCUUUUAUUGACUAUUGCAUCCAUGAUUUCCGCUACCCACGUACUGAACAAUGGCUUUAUGAAAAGUUGACACGUACCUAUUCUUGCAUUUCAUUGGAAAUUCUAUCGUAACAUUUAGCAUAGCUCUAAUGUGAUUGACUGCAGGAUCUUGAUUUUCUUCUUUAUAUAGAGGUGGGUGUUUGCAGAGCCGUUGUAAGGCACACGUGUGCCCGACGGUUACAAAAUCAUGGGAAGUGUAAACGUCGGGGAGAGAAAAGAGACGUUACAAGUUCGUUUGAACUGGUCUUUGUUACAUUAGAGACUGGGAGAAUGUUUAUGCUUGAUCCAGAAUUGAGAUCUUUGCAAAUUUUGAUUGGGCACACCGGUUGUCCUAACAUGGAAUUUCCUUGUAUGUGUUUUGUAAUAUUUUUCAGGGAGGGAGGAUUGACAAUGCUUGGGUAUUAAUGUGAUGGAAAAAAAUGCUUAAGAUUAUGAAAGAACCAGGCAAGAAUUGCAAGAAUGAAUCGUGGCAAGCUUUUAUUGACUAUUGCAUCCAUGAUUUCCGCUACCCACGUACUGAACAAUGGCUUAAUGAAAAGUUGACACGUACCUAUUCUUGCAUUUCAUUGGAAAUUCUAUCGUAACAUUUAGCAUAGCUCUAAUGUGAUUGACUGCAGGAUCUUGAUUUUCUUCUUUAUAUAGAGGUGGGUGUUUGCAGAGCCGUUGUAAGGCACACGUGUGCCCGACGGUUACAAAAUCAUGGGAAGUGUAAACGUCGGGGAGAGAAAAAAGACGUUACAAGUUCGUUUGAACUGGUCUUUGUUACAUUAGAGACUGGGAGAAUGUUUAUGCUUGAUCCAGAAUUGAGAUCUUUGCAAAUUUUGAUUGGGCACACCGGUUGUCCUAACAUGGAAUUUCCUUGUAUGUGUUUUGUAAUAUUUUUCAGGGAGGGAGGAUUGACAAUGCUUGGGUAUUAAUGUGAUGGAAAAAAAUGCUUAAGAUUAUGAAAGAACCAGGCAAGAAUUGCAAGAAUGAAUCGUGGCAAGCUUUUAUUGACUAUUGCAUCCAUGAUUUCCGCUACCCACGUACUGAACAAUGGCUUUAUGAAAAGUUGACACGUACCUAUUCUUGCAUUUCAUUGGAAAUUCUAUCGUAACAUUUAGCAUAGCUCUAAUGUGAUUGACUGCAGGAUCUUGAUUUUCUUCUUUAUAUAGAGGUGGGUGUUUGCAGAGCCGUUGUAAGGCACACGUGUGCCCGACGGUUACAAAAUCAUGGGAAGUGUAAACGUCGGGGAGAGAAAAGAGACGUUACAAGUUCGUUUGAACUGGUCUUUGUUACUUUGUGCAACCCCCCAUGGGAAGUGUAAACGUCGGGGAGAGAAAAGAGACGUUACAAGUUCGUUUGAACUGGUCUUUGUUACAUUAGAGACUGGGAGAAUGUUUAUGCUUGAUCCAGAAUUGAGAUCUUUGCAAAUUUUGAUUGGGCACACCGGUUGUCCUAACAUGGAAUUUCCUUGUAUGUGUUUUGUAAUAUUUUUCAGGGAGGGAGGAUUGACAAUGCUUGGGUAUUAAUGUGAUGGAAAAAAAUGCUUAAGAUUAUGAAAGAACCAGGCAAGAAUUGCAAGAAUGAAUCGUGGCAAGCUUUUAUUGACUAUUGCAUCCAUGAUUUCCGCUACCCACGUACUGAACAAUGGCUUUAUGAAAAGUUGACACGUACCUAUUCUUGCAUUUCAUUGGAAAUUCUAUCGUAACAUUUAGCAUAGCUCUAAUGUGAUUGACUGCAGGAUCUUGAUUUUCUUCUUUAUAUAGAGGUGGGUGUUUGCAGAGCCGUUGUAAGGCACACGUGUGCCCGACGGUUACAAAAUCAUGGGAAGUGUAAACGUCGGGGAGAGAAAAGAGACGUUACAAGUUCGUUUGAACUGGUCUUUGUUACUUUGUGCAACCCCCCCCCGUGUUGCGAGUAAACUUCCAAAUGCAGUAUUUGGGAUGAAUUUGUGAUUGGGCCUAAGAAACAGGGCCCAAGCAUUACACCAAAAGGAAAAAUAAAAACACCAAAACAUCCAUCAACAUCGAACAUGCCAAAACCCUAACAACAACUCCUCAAUUUUUCAUCACCAACAAAGUUCAAAAAGGACCCGAUAAUGAUUUGUUGCUUCAAACGUUCCGAUUUGACACCUAAGUCAAAUCGGAACUGUCGGAGGAGACACCCAAAUAGCCUAAAAGGACCUAAGUCAAAAAUCUGGCUCCCAAUCUCAGAUCAAAAGUGAUCGGCCCACCAGAUUCCCAACACAAAUCAUUAAGGCACCCUUAACUCAUGAACCACUAGAGCAGACACCUAACCUGCCUAAAAACUCGGCCCACCAUUAUCCAAAUGCCUUAUUCAAAGGCAGAGAAAAGGUGGAGCAAUAGCGAAAAUCGAAACAGCUUGAACACAAACAAACAAAACAAGCCAUGAAAUCAACCUGCAUCACCACCACUUGAACAUCACCAAAGGCAACAUCUUGACAACACCGCUCCCUACAAACAUCACCCAAAAACGCCUAGGAUCCAAACUCAAAACCCCCAUAACCACCACAAAAACCAACACUAACCGCCACGAGCACCACCACGAGCACCGUUUCAACGCCACCCUUUGAACCACCUGUAAACCACCACGAAGCACCACACCAACACCACCAAAGAUUCACAUAAACACUCGCAAACACCUAAAGCACAAUUAUCCCAAACCAACAACAAGCUACUUAUUGUACCUUCUUUCGGCGCGAAGGAGAGACACCACCAACCAUCCAAAGACUGAAUCCACCACAACUGCACGACCCUUUGCAGACCUUAAGAACGCCGCCGACCAAAAACCGACGACGUGGGGGAGGUUUGGAAAGCGCACAGAAGCUUGGACGACCAUAAAGAAA